AUGAAUAACCCGCCACUGGACCUCAUAGGAGAGCCUUUCGCCGUGAUAGAAUCUGACCCCGGUGUAUUUACUGCUUUCAUCCGCAAACUCGGCGUGCAGGCCCUGGAAGUUAUCGAGCUCUACAGCGUCGAACCGUACGAGACAGACCACCUGAACCCUUACGGCCUGAUAUUCUGCUACCUUUGCGACAACGGCGAGGACACUACAGAUGACCUUGCCAGUGACGAAGCAUUCAAUGAUCCAGAUGCGCGCUCCAUCUGGUUCGCAAACCAGCUCAGUGAUGACGCCUGCGCUUCACAAGCUAUCCUAAACGUCCUGCUUAACUGCGAGGGCAUAGACAUUGGGCCAGCACUCAAAGAGUUUGCAGCCGAUACGGAACGAAUGUCUGCUGUGAUGCGGGGCCUCGCCGUCUCAAACAUGACCCUUAUCCGGGAGGCACAGAACUCGUUGGCGCGGCCGGCAGACCUUCGCGGCGCGCGCCACGCACUCGCCUCCUCGGCUCUCGAGUCCGCAAAAAACAAGGCAAAGGCCGCCGCUUCCCCGCCAUCCAAGAAGCGCAAGACCGCUGCCUCGUCCUCCCGCAGGAAACGAAAGGCCGCGUCAGCCAGGGCGGACGAGAAGCUCGACGCCUACCACUACAUCGGGUACGUGCCCGCGCAUGGACGUGUGUGGGAGCUCGACGGGCUCCGCACCGCUGGCCCGCUCGACGUCGGGGAGAUCGACUCGGACGACCCCACGUCGCGCGCAGGGUGGAUGGACGUCGUGCGCCCCGCGCUGCAGCGGCGCAUGCAGACGGUGCUGCAGAGCGGCGCGGAGCAUAUCCAGUACAACCUGCUCGCGAUCGUAGACGACCAGUACCUGCGGGCAAGCGACGAGCUGGAGAUGCUGAAGAGGGAGCGCGCGGCGAUUGAGAGGCGGCUCGCGCAGUCCUACACGGAAGGCUGGACUGAUAAGGUGGACCCGGCACUGCUCGCCUCCGCGUCCGAAGCGUUUGCUACGACGCUCCGCCCACGCGCGCAGGAGGCCGGGAAGGUGUUCGCGCCGGACUUUGGGGCGCGCAAGAUGGAAAAGGAGCUCGCGAUCCUGGACAUGCCGGAGCGCAAGCUGGCUCCGGCAUGGGAGAACUGCGUGCGGGCCGCGCUAUCGGCCAAGGUCGCAGUCGAGGAGGAGACAGAGAAGUCGCGGCGUGCGCAGGUGGACCAUGUCCGACGGACGUUCGACUACGAGCCGUUCAUACGGGAGUUCAUCGUCGCGCUGGAGAACGAGGGCUUGCUAGAGGAUGCGCUGCAGGAUCCGAAAGUAGGGGGUGGCAAAGAUGCGCAGUCUCGACCCGGGCCGUCGUCCAAAGGCAGUACGAAGACGAAGAAGAGAUGA